UUAUAAAACAUUCACAAUACCUUAGAAAAUUUGAAAAUCAAUCCGAACACGGGAUGUUGAAUUGAAAAAAAUUCUUGCUAUUUAAAGUUGUGUUAUAUUGGGAUACUUUUUAAGUUCUUUAUUUUUAAAUAAAUAUGUCAGCUGCUGUAGUAAAAAAGGAAGAAGUUCGGAAAGAACAUAUUCCUGACUUGAUUGUGAAUCCUGGUACUGGAAAACGUUACAUUAAAGGUCGUUUUCUUGGGAAGGGUGGUUUUGCAAAAUGUUACGAACUACAGGACACAGAUACAAAAGAAAUAUUUGCAGGGAAGAUUGUUUCAAAAACAUUGCUUGUAAAGCAACAUCAGAAAGACAAGAUGACUCAGGAAAUCAGUAUACACCGGGAGAUAACAUACAAACAUGUUGUGAAAUUCCACAGUUUCUUUGAAGACAGCGAUAAUGUCUACAUUUUACUGGAACUGUGUAGGAGAAGGUCUCUGAUGGAGUUGCACAAGAGAAGAAAAGCUGUCACUGAGCCAGAGGCACGCUACUUUGUACGUCAGGUUGUUCUAGCCUGUCAGUAUCUGCAUGGUCGUAACAUAAUACACAGGGACUUGAAGCUUGGUAAUCUCUUCAUCAAUGAUGACAUGGACAUCAAAGUUGGAGACUUCGGAUUGGCGACCAGAGUCGACUAUGACGGAGAACGCAAAAGAACACUGUGUGGGACCCCCAAUUAUAUUGCCCCUGAAGUGCUUGGAAAGAAAGGUCACAGUUUUGAAGUUGAUGUCUGGUCACUUGGAUGUAUAUUAUUCACACUUUUAGUUGGCAAACCACCAUUUGAGACUUCCUGUUUAAAAGACACUUACACUAGAAUCAAGAAAAAUGAAUAUCAUGUGCCUUCUCGGGUAUCCCCAUGCGCCAAAAACUUGAUACAGAAGCUGCUUCGUGCUGACCCUUCAGAGAGACCUGGCAUGGAUGGUCUGCUCGAGGAUGAGUUCUUCACAUCAGGUUACUUGCCAUCCCGGCUGCCAACCAGCUGUCUUACCAUGGCGCCCAGGUUUGAUACCCUCGCCAAGUCAGAGUCCCUGCACAGAAGACCUUUACUGGAGCUCAAUGGAACAGAAAAGAGCACAGUGCCUGUCCUGGAUCCGCGGGCUAAGGACCUGAAGCGUCCACAGAGCCAGGAAGACCUUGAUCUGGAGAAGGGCGGGGGUGACAAUGAUCAGAAGAGAUCCAGUGAUGAGCCAGUGGAUUUCUACCUCAAUGAUCUAUUUGCACAACUGUCGGCAGUUGUAGCAGCCAAACCAGCAGAACGCAUUAACAUUUGUGAAGAGGAUGCGGAGGACCCAGCCAGCAUCCCCAUCUACUGGGUCUCUAAGUGGGUGGACUACAGUGACAAGUAUGGUCUCGGCUACCAGCUCUGUGAUAACAGCGUCGGUGUGCUCUUCAACGACUCCACUAGGCUCAUUUUGCUGGCCAAUGGAGAUAAUGUGCAGUACAUUGAGAGAGACAGCACUGAGCAUUUCCACACUUUGAAGGUUUUUCCUGAUUCCUUGACCAAGAAGGUGACGCUUCUCAAAUACUUCAGAAACUACAUGAGUGAGCAUCUACUCAAGGCUGGUGCAAACAUCACUCCCCGCGAGACAGAUGACAUGGUGCGCCUGCCCUUCCUCAGGACAUGGUUCCGAACACGCAGCGCUAUUGUUCUGCAUCUAAGCAAUGGCACAUUGCAGAUCAACUUUUUCCAAGACCAUACAAAGAUCAUUCUCUGCCCCUUGAUGCAGGCUGUAACAUAUAUUGACGAAAAGAGAGACUUCACAAUAUUCAAAUUCUCCUUGAUUGAAAAGUUUGGCUGUAGCAAGGAACUAGCUAGUCGUCUGAGAUAUGCAAGAACAAUGGUAGAGCGUCUGAUGACAACAAAAUCUGGGUCUGGUCGAGUUCGUUCGAGUGCACCUAGUGCUCAAUGAUGACACCUAAGUGUGUAGUGUAUAGUGUGUUGGGGUAAGGCAAUUUGGAGUGCUUUGUUGUGAACUCUUAAUUUUGGCAUUACUUAGUGUGUGAGAUGUUGUGAACUUGUAUGUAACCUACAUGCAAGUUACCACGUCAAUAUUUGUCUCAAAUGAGGGUGAUCUAUAUUUGUUAAGUGUGCUCCCGGGGAGACAUAAUGCCAAAUUUCUUACUCAAGUUUCAAAGCGGAGUUCCUGUUGCAAAUCUUGCAGUGAAAUGAUAGUCUCACCAGUAAUGAGUCAACUGUCAAAUGUGUUUAUGAAACUAUUGUCAGAUAAAAAAGAGGGACUUGAUAACUGUAUUAGAAUUAAGUAGCCACAUUUAUUAUUAUUAUAAAUAAAGAAGAAAACAAUUACUAGAGAGAUUUUCCUUUGAUUUGUUCAUUUUUGCAAUCAUGUUUCAAUCACUUAAAAUGUUUAAUGACUUAUUUGUUAUGCCCCCCUUCGAAGAAGAGCGGGUAUAUUGUUUUGCACAUGUCGGUCGGUCCAUCCGUCGGUUCGUCCACCAGAUGGUUUCCAGAUGAUAACUCAAGAACCCUUAGGCCUAGGAUCAUGAAACUUCAUAGGUACAUUGAUCAUGACUGACAGAUGACCCCUAUUGUUUUUCAGGUCAAGGUCACAGUGACUCAAAAAAAGUAAAAUGGUUUCCGGAUGAUAACUCAAGAAUGCUUACGCCUAGGAUCAUGAAACUUCAUAGGUACAUUGAUCAUGACUGGCAGAUGACCCCUAUUGAUUUUCAGGUCACUAGGUCAAAGGUCAAGGUCACAGUGACUCGAAAUAGUAAAAUGGUUUCCGGAUGAUAACUCAAGAAUGCUUACGCCUAGGAUCAUGAAACUUCAAAGGUACAUUGAUCAUGACUGGCAGAUGACCUCUAUUAAUUUUCAGGUCACUAGGUCAAAGGUCAAGGUCACAGUGACUCAAAACAGUAAAAUGUUUUCCUGAUAACUCAAGAAUAAUUAGGCCUAGGAUUAUGAAACUUCCUAGGUACAUUGAUCAUGACUGGCAGAUGACCCCUAUUGAUUUUCAGGUCACUAGGUCAAAGGUCAAGGUCACAGUGACAAAAAAUGUAUUCACACAAUGGCUGCCACUACAACUGACAGCCCAUAUGGGGGGUCAUGCAUGUUUUACAAACAGCCCUUGUUCUAUUUUACCCUUGUGUCAGCAUUUUUGUUUUCAUUAAAUAUUUAAAAAAUUAAAAGCUAGUCCUGUCAAAAAAGUAGUGUAUUUUUUAACAGUGCCUCAUAUGUGAAUACAUUUGUAAGAUUCAACAUCAGUGAUCGCAAAUAAAUCUGACAUAAAUUAACACUUAACAUCACUUUUUUCUGCUUGGCAAUGGAAACUGUAUUACUUCUCUUCUCUACCAGAAUAUACUUCUUUUUGUUGGACUAAGUUAUAUCUGUACCAUUGUUUUGUUACGUUUUUGUUUUCAAAAAAUGUUAGUAGGUGAUGUCCUGAAUGUCCCGAUACCUGUGGAAUAACUGAUUAUCGAUGAAUUGUAUAUGAGAUAUUGGUGCAUAUGUGAGAACUGAUGCAAAAAUAAAUGGGAACAGGUUGAUGGUCCAGUGUGAAUAUGCAGGAUAUUUGUCUUGUUUUAUAAGUUAUUAUUCUCAAAGUUGUAUGAAUGUAAUUGUGCUCUAAUGAAUCAUAUUAUGAUCAUCAUAAUUUAUGUAUGCAGUGCCUGUUCAUUAUUUUCUUACUAAAUUAAAUUAAUAUUUUUGUAAACUUGUAAUCAUUUUGUUGCAUACUCUUAAGUUACUUUCUAUCGAAAGCUGAUGUUGGUUAGAAUUUGUCUAAACUCUUACUUACUGUGUAAUCUUUACCUUGACAUAAAUUGUACAGUGUAUAGACAUUCAUUUCAUUAUGAAUUCAUAUUGCUACAUUUGUGAUAAGUAUGAAAUUCAAGGUAAUAAAAUGUUUGAUAUUA